UUAAUUCUGUGCUUGCGUGAAGUGAUUAGUUUUUUUUAUUGAUAUUUUGGUUUGUUUGUUUUUUAUUUUUGCCGAAUAAUGCAAGACUGAAUUCUUCUUUUGAAGGACGAGAAGAGAGCGAUGGCCAGGGCCAGGGUCACCGCCUUCGUCUGCUUGAUUCUGACAUGUGCGGCGCGCGCCCCGCCGGCCGAGGCCUCCGACCCCGGGGCGGCGGCGGAGGCCCACGCCGCCAGGCCCCUGAGGACGCCGAGGAGCGCGGACCGGGCGAGGCAGCAGUUCGUUCUGCUUCUGAGUGGGAAGAGCAGAUAUAAGAAGGAGAAUCUGAUACUGCAGGUCAAUCAGCAUAUGGGAGCCGGACGCCGAUUCCCGAAGAAGCUGAACCGGGCGCCUCCAGAGCCAGAGUGUCCGGAAGGGUCCUGGUUCUGUCCCGGUACAACUGUCUGUGUUUCGGAAGAUCAAAAAUGUGACGGGACGGAGGACUGUCCCGAUGGUUCUGACGAAGCUUCUUGCAAUUAUGCAACAACAACGGAGCCCAUUUCGUGCCCAGUAGGCUGGCUGUACACCUGCAUAGAUAACCAGUGCGUUUGUGAUACUACCCAGUGUGCUAAUGGGUUCUGGCUCUGCGGUAACGAAACCCAAUGUAUAAGGACAACACAGAUUUGCGACGGUCUCGCUCACUGCGCCGAUGGCUCAGACGAAGAAAAUUGUACUGUGGUGUGUAAGGACGACCAUGUGCCGUGCAGAGAGACUACCCAGUGCAUUAUGAAGAGGUUGGAAUGUGAUGGUUAUGCCAACUGCCCUGACAACACUGACGAGGAAAACUGUGAUACCUGCCCUGAAUCAAGACCUUAUAAAUGCAACAGCUCGAGCAAAUGCAUAAAAGAACUGUUCCUGUGUGACGGAUACGCAGACUGUCCGAACGACGACGACGAAGCCAAUGCCACGUGUGCCACCUGCCCUUCUGCCAAGCCUCUGCGAUGUCCUUCUGGCGAGUGCAUUAGCGAGGCGUGGCUGUGUGACCUGACCCCUGAGUGCGGGGACGGCUGGGACGAGUCGAACUGCACCGUUUGCCCCCCCCAGACGGCCUUCAGGUGCAACGUUACGGGAAAAUGCCUGCCUUUAGUAUGGGUUUGUGACGGCCAGAGUGACUGUUCCACCAAGCAACAACAGGACGCCUCCGACGAGACCUCCUGCGCCCCGUGUCCCGACUUCAAGCCCAACCGGUGCGCAGACGGGUCGGCUUGCUUCCCUGAAGAGUGGCGGUGCAACGGGGAGAGAGACUGCGCAGAUGGCUCGGAUGAGGAAUGUUGGUGAAAAAUUGCAAAAAAAAAAAGUUUCGUCUGAAGGGAAGCUGGAUAGUCUAAGAAUUAAAUGAAGAAAGGAGAGGAAAGAGAGAGAGAGAGAAGAAGGAGAGAAAAGGACGUUGACGGAAUGAAUAGUGAACGAGAAAAGGGAAUAAGAGAAAGACUAUUUUGAAGUUUGUGACGUGCAACUAAGCGUAAAUUUUAACUAAAAUAAAAAAAUACUAAAUUUUGAAGAAAAAAAAAGACACUUGAUUUUUAAAAAGGUACUUAAUAUUUUAAAAAGAUGCUUGAUUUUAUUUCCAAGUUAGAUUCAUUCUCCAUUUUAUCUUUUAUUUUAUUCCCAAGUUAAAUUUAUUCUCCAGGAAUAUCCCACCUUAAUUACCGUAAAUUUUAUAUAAUUUCCUGGAUGUUAUUUCAAUUUUGUAUUCUAACUAUAAUUCUGCUUUCUAAAACGUUCAAAUAGUUU